GCGGCGGCGGCGGCUGCGAGGAGCCGUGCCUUCCACCUUUCCAGCCCCGGCAGGACUGGGGUGGCCGCCGCGGGCCCGGGGCGGGGAGAGCACGCAGCCUCGCCGCGCGCACCUCCGCCCGGCAUCGGCCCCGACACCCGGGGCAAGCGGGAAAGCGGCGGCGGCGGCGGCGGUGGAAGGAUGCAGGGGAAGAAGCCGGGCGGCUCGUCGGGCGGCGGCCGGAGCGGCGAGCUGCAGGGGGACGAGGCGCAGAGAAACAAGAAGAAGAAAAAGAAGGUGUCCUGCUUCUCCAACAUCAAGAUCUUCCUCGUGUCCGAGUGCGCCCUGAUGCUGGCGCAGGGCACGGUGGGCGCCUACCUGGUGAGCGUCCUUACCACCCUGGAGCGGAGGUUCAACCUCCAGAGCGCCGACGUGGGCGUGAUCGCCAGCAGCUUCGAGAUCGGGAACCUGGCGCUCAUCCUCUUCGUGAGCUACUUUGGGGCGCGCGGGCACAGGCCACGCCUCAUCGGCUGCGGAGGCAUCGUCAUGGCCCUGGGCGCGCUGCUGUCGGCGCUGCCUGAGUUCCUGACCCACCAGUACAAGUACGAGGCGGGCGAGAUCCGCUGGGGUGCCGAGGGCCGCGAUGUCUGCGCCGCCAACGGCUCGGGCGGGGACCAGGGGCCCGACCCGGACCUCAUCUGCCGCAGUCGGACCGCCACCAACAUGAUGUACUUGCUGCUCAUUGGGGCCCAGGUGCUCCUGGGCAUCGGUGCUACCCCCGUGCAGCCCCUGGGCGUCUCCUACAUCGACGACCACGUGCGGAGGAAGGACUCCUCGCUCUACAUAGGGAUCCUGUUCACGAUGCUGGUGUUUGGACCAGCCUGUGGAUUUAUCCUGGGCUCUUUCUGUACCAAAAUCUAUGUGGAUGCAGUCUUCAUUGACACAAGUAACCUGGACAUCACCCCGGACGACCCCCGCUGGAUCGGAGCCUGGUGGGGUGGGUUUCUGCUCUGCGGUGCCUUACUCUUCUUUUCUUCCGUCUGGAUGUUUGGGUUUCCACAGUCUCUGCCCCCGCACUCAGACUCCGCCCUGGAGAGCGAACAGGCCAUGCUCCCCGAAAGAGAAUACGAGAGACCCAAGCCCAGCAACGGGGUCCUGAGGCACCCCCUGGAGCCAGACAGCAGUGCCUCCUGCUUCCAGCAGCUGAGAGUGAUCCCGAAGGUCACAAAGCACCUGCUCUCAAACCCUGUGUUUACCUGCAUCAUCCUGGCCGCCUGCAUGGAGAUUGCAGUGGUGGCUGGCUUCGCUGCCUUCUUGGGGAAGUAUCUGGAGCAGCAAUUUAACCUCACCACCUCUUCUGCCAACCAGCUGCUCGGGAUGACUGCGAUCCCAUGUGCCUGUCUGGGCAUCUUCCUGGGCGGUCUCCUGGUGAAGAAACUCAGCCUGUCUGCCCUCGGGGCCAUUCGGAUGGCCAUGCUCGUCAACCUGGUGUCCACCGCUUGUUACGUCUCCUUCCUCUUCCUGGGCUGUGACACGGGCCCUGUGGCUGGGGUUACUGUUCCCUAUGGAAACACCUCAUCACCUGGCUCGGCCCUGGACCCCUACUCGUCCUGCAAUAAAAACUGUGAAUGCCAAACGGAUUCCUUCACUCCAGUGUGUGGGGCAGAUGGCAUCACCUACCUGUCUGCCUGCUUUGCUGGCUGCAACAGCACGAAUCUCACCAGCUGUGCGUGCCUCACGACCGUCCCGCCUGAGAAUGCAACUGUGGUCCCUGGAAAAUGCCCCAGUCCUGGCUGCCAAGAGGCCUUCCUCACCUUCCUGUGUGUGAUGUGUGUCUGCAGCAUGAUUGGGGCAAUGGCUCAGACUCCCUCAGUCAUUAUCCUUAUCAGGACAGUCAGCCCUGAACUCAAAUCCUACGCCCUGGGAGUUCUUUUUCUCCUCCUCCGUUUGCUGGGCUUCAUCCCCCCACCGCUCAUCUUCGGGGCCGGCAUCGACUCCACCUGCCUGUUCUGGAGCACAUUCUGUGGGGAGCAAGGCGCCUGCGUCCUCUAUGACAAUGUGGCCUACAGAUACCUGUACGUCAGCAUCGCCAUCGCGCUCAAGUCCUUUGCCUUCCUCCUCUACACCACCACGUGGCAGUGCCUGAGGAAAAACUAUAAACGAUACAUCAAAAACCACGAGGGCGGGCUGAGCACCAGCACAGAGUACCAAGACAUUGAGACUGAGAAAACCUGUCCCGAGUCACAAUCACCUUCAGAAGACUCCUUUGUGAGAAGCUGAGGGCCUGGCCCUCUUCCUGCACAGAACAGCCCGCCACCGCCCACAGACCUCGCGGGCCUGACUUAGCGUGCUCUGCCCUGCCCGAGAACCCAAGGGUCCCUGUGAGGACUCUCCGGCCAGUAUGUGGUCCUUUGAGGCCCCAAGCACAGGCCUGUGACAAGGACUAAGCAGGUGUCUGUGGCCAGGAAUCCUCCAAACCUUUGGAGUAGGCAUUUUCCUGGAUCACUAAAGAGUAAUAUUGACCAGAUGUGCAAAUUUCCUUCUGCCCAUUCCCUCCUUUGGCUCCUGUGGGGAUGGUCUGCUGACACGCUUUAGAAAACUCCCUCUUGGGAAUGCUUCUCUGACCGAGGGCUCCGACAGUUCUUCCAAAAGCAGCUGAGUCUGGAUUUUAAUAGGAGGGGGUAAAAAUUACCCUGUUUCAUAGAACAGAGGGGGAAAAAAAGCACAUACUCAAUAGAUUUUGAGUGUGGUAUUCUGUAUUUUUGCAGCUUCUAUUUUCCAGAUGAGCAGUCUAGAAAUAUGUGAUGUAAAGUACAUACUGUACGUUUGCUGAGAAUUAUAUUAAAAGCACUAUUUUAAUUCUU